AGAGUGUGUUGGGUGUUGGGUGUUGGGUGGAGCACUUUAUUGUGUCCCCUGACAGUGUGCACAUCGCAUAAAAACUUCAGCUUGUAGUCUGGUGUCUGAGCCACCAUGGCGAAGAACUGCAACGCUCUAGGGAUUCCUGUUGGCCACUUGAGCCAGGCAGUGUCAGACGGAGAGUUGAACAUGUCUGCUCGUGGCUGUGGAGGCAGCAGCUCCAGUCUUCCAGGGACUCCCGGCGGAGACGUCACCCCAGCCAACAGUGUGCUGAGCUGGGCUGUCUCAUUUGAGAAGCUGCUGGAGGACCCCUGCGGCGUCCGCCACUUUACGACCUUCUUGAUGUCCGAGGUGAGCGCGGAGAACAUUUUAUUUUGGCAGGCUUGUGAAAAAUUCAGGAAGAUCCCAGCCAGCUCCUUGAACGAGCUGAAAGUGUCAGCUCGCUCCAUCUACAACACCUACCUGUCUGACAGCGCUCCCUACUCAGUCAACAUCGAUGACACAGCCAAGACAGAGGAGAAGGACCUGGAACAGCCCACACCUGACAUGUUUAACAAGGCUCAAGCACAGAUAUUUAAACUGAUGAAGAUGGACAGCUACAGGCGCUUUGUGCGCUCUCCUCUCUAUCAGAGCUGCACCUUGGCAAGUGUAGAAGGUAAACCUCUACCUCAGCUCUCCAAAGGGCCGGCUCGCAUGGGGUCCUGGGAGUACAUGGCUCCCAGAAGCCCCUUAAAUGAUAAAAAGAACAAGUCGGACUCCAACAGCUUGCCAGGUGGCAAGAGUGCCUCGGAGAAACAGCGGCAGAAAAGAGGAUCCUGGGGAGAUACAUCCGACAUCCAUGGUUCGGUCUCCCGGAAAGAUUCCCACAUGUCCGUCAAGUCAAGCAGCAGCGUGGAGCUCGGCUCCCUCCACAGGCAGGUGGAGAACGGCAGAUCAACUCCAGAGCAGGGUGGUGGUGGUGGAGGUGGGAGUCGAAUAGGAGUCGAGGGGGGCUACUGCUGUGUAUACCUACCCGAUGGCACUGCCUCCCUGGCCCCAACACGUAAUGGCCAACCCAUCAAAGACAUGCUGGCUAGCCUGUGUGAGAAGAGAGGCUUCCCGCUGAAAGAUGUUGUCAUCUACCUUCACGGCAAGGACAAGCCCUUAUCACUGGACCAGGACUGCUCCGUACUGAGAGAUCAGCAGGUCUCUCUGGAGCUCAGGGUGAUGUUUGCGCUGGAGAUUGCCUUCACUGGUAAGACGGUGGGGAUCAUGGUGAAGUCCAGUAAGACGCUGCAGGACACACUCUCUGCCGUGCUGCAGAAACAUCACCUCAAGCCACAAGAGGCUGUGGUCACCAUGGUUGGAAGCGACGAGCCCGUGAACAUGACGGGCCCUGUGUUCAGACUGGCCAAUAAGACGCUACGGCUCGACAAAACUAAAGGAAAAGACCAGACCAACAUUUCCAAAGGCAGCGGGUCUGCUGCAGCCACACAGGCAGGAGCAGCGAGCGCAGGCGGAGUGGAGGCCCGGUCAGUGCUUCAGACAGACAAAGCCAAGACUCAGCACAAGCCCAGUAAGAACCGCGACAUGGAGGUGUUUCUGGACAUGCUGACGAGGGCUCAGGGCUGCAGGGUCGAUGACCAGCGAGGCCUUUUGACCAAAGAGCAGCUGGAGCUGCCUCUGUUCCUGCAGCUGCCCUCAGACCGGGGACAGGACACAGAGCCAGGUGAACCUGGUACAACCAGCUCCUCCUCUGCAGACUCCAAAGAGGACAGUGUGAAAGAAGAAGAGACGUCAAGUUCAGGUGGUGCAACGGCGGAAACUUCGAACUCUGCUGAGCCUGAGGCCAAAAACUUACGAGAAACAGCAGUUUGAAAGACUGUGUGUGUGUGUGUGUGUGUGUGCGUGUGUGUGUGUGUGUGUGUGGGAUGGACAAUAUCAGAAACUACGGCAAACAUCUUGCAAUGUCAUGUGACCAUCAUGUCAAAAGAUGGGAAAAAUGGUCAAGCACUUUUUAUAACUGUUUACAAAUAAGCUCUGAGACAGCAGUGUGGUAUCAUCUCUCCUGAUAACUUCCUCUUGAGGCAAUAUGAAAGACAAAGAAGAACAAGAAAGAUCAUGGCAAACAUUUAUAGUGUCAUUUCAAAACACUACAGGUUAAUUGGAAGAAAGUUUGCUAUGAAUUGUUUAAUGUAUCAAAAAUGCUCGAAGAAGUUUCAGUUCAACAUUUCAGCCUGAAGCCAGUGUGUUUGCUCGAGUGUUUCCUGACGGAUUAAUGUUGUACAGUUUGUAGAUUACUUUGCUUUAAUUUCUCACAGUCUCACAUUUCAGGCUUUUCUUUAAACUCUAAGCAAAGACAUGUUUCUGCACAGGACUGUCCAGAAGGGCGUAUUGAAGUGUAUUGCACUUUUUUUUCUCUUUAUUCGAAUUAAGAUUAUUGAAUAUUUUACUGAGAUGAGUUUUAAAUAUUUUAAAUUAGCAGUGUUCAUUUUGUGUGCUUACUUAAUGUUUUCAAAUGGGUUGUUUUUUUUGCAGUACUUCUGCAUCUUGUUUGCUGUGAUGGCACUUUGAGAAGCCCUGGUCAAGUCCUGUUUUCCCUUCUCACGUCAGACUACAUCUCAGGGUCCAGAUCAUGAAUUAGUAAUCUGAUAUUACAGGGAAUGAAUCAGAUGAUGUGAUCAUCAGAAAAUAUCCCACAGGGUGUGUCCAAAGAAUUAAAGUGUUUCAUGAUGAAAUGUGAUCCUUUCCAUCUGUAUUUGUUGUUGGGGGAAGACGUCAGCUUUCAGCUUUCAGCUUUCAGCUUUCAGCUUUCAGCUCUCUGUGAGAGGAAGUUUUUUGGGUGAAUCACUGAGGUCAGUUUCUGGCUUGACAAAUGCUACGUGAUUUGAUUUUAUAUGUGGGGCAGCCAGACCCCUCUGCCCCUGUGGAAAGGCUGCAUGACUCAUGCAGUGUAAAACAAGCUGAUGUGAAUCUUGCAGUGAAGGUGUCAAUUGUAACUAGCUCUGAUUACAUUAUCUUAUCCUGGGCGAGAAACCUAAAAUGCCAUCAUGUAAUGACGUCAUUUUUGCACAGUGACGGCUGAUCGUUGCAGCGCUGUGAUUGGCUCUUUGUCAAGGCUUUGUAGUCAAUGGUUUGUCUCAUCUGUACACCGACUUGUUGCUGGAAGGUGUUUGUCAGGAGCCUAGGAGAAUUGUUAUGGGGUGCAUGUGGCUAUUGUAUGAGUUACCAAACAAAUUAGAUGAGUCAUCGAUGGACUCAUCCCCAUCGAUGAUGUCAGCAGCAUGUAUAUAUCAGAGUACGUGACAGUAUGGGGUGUGUGAAUCGUCUCAUUCACCCACUUUGUAGAUUGGAUUGUCUCUGAGGUAAUUAACAAUUAGGCAGUUAGCAGACGUGUGGAGGAAAACAAUAUUGUGCACUAUAUGAUACCUGUUUGUCACGCCCACAGUUUCCGUCUGCCAAGCUGAAAACAUUAGCAUACAGAGCUGUGAUUGGCACACCUGGCGUUUAUAUGUAUGUGUGUGUGCGUGCGUGCGCGCGUGCGUGCGUGCGUGUGUGUGUGUGUGUGUGUGUGUGUCCAUGCAUGAGUGGUGCGUUGGCGGAGCUAUGAAUGGGCAGAGAGGGGUGUGCUCUCACAGACACCAUAGCAGCAGUGGGAUGAGGAGUGCCAUCUACUCCACUGCACGUCUGUACUGAGAGAAGGAAGGAGGGAGAAAAGGAGUUGUGCAAACACAGUAUUCCAAAAGAUAUCAUCUAAUCCUAUACCUGCAUCUACACUCCCCCUUCUCCUGAGAUAAAUCUUCAAACCAGCCAUGGAACAGAAGGCGAGUGAGUGUCCCUCCACCACCUCCCCUCAGAAGCACAUGAAGAACAGGUCCAAAUCCACAGAGGAGAUGCAACAGACGAAGAAGUCCUUUUCCUCACAAAAAUCCCUACCAGGCAGACCAGAGCUGGAGAGAGUGAAGGAGUGUCCCGACGGCUCUGACACGGCGGCGUCCUCCACGGAGGAACUGAAGGGAUAACUGGAGGGACAUAUGAGUUGCCAUCAAGUGACAAGAUCAUCAUAAACACUACAUACAUUAAAAUGUACAUAUGUACACAGGGAAACAUACAAAUUAUUAGGAAAGGUAGUUGUGAACUAGAUCAUAAAAAAACACAAGCAAUGAGCUUCUGAUUGGUUGAAGGAAACGGUAUAAAGACAUGGUAAACUGAACACACAGACUCAUGCACAUUGAAACAAUUGCAUGUAAACAAAAGGACACCCGUGAUGAUGCUGUUUCAUUGUACUGUGAGUGUUGUAUACAUACCACACUGAACGUGUACUGACAAUAAAGUGAUGCUGU